AUGGAAUCAAAAAAGGGAAAAGAAAGAGCUCCUAAGGGAAACACUGAUGAUAGUGAUCGCAAUUCUACCGGGGUCAGAGAUGAUUCCUCUCUUCUUUCGAGGAUAGCAUCUUCAGCAAGUGGUUUAACAAAUACCGUCCUUGCAGCACCCACUGGCAUGGAAUUGAACGAGACUAGCCAUUCAGCGCUCUCAGGGUCAGGAAAGCCAACAUCUUCUAGCGCGAGUGGGAGCCAAACUGUGGCGACCUUGGGAGAAAACUCCAAACAAAUCCAGCCCUCAAUCGCUGGUCAUGCCUUACAAGAAGGCAUUAGAGCUGGUCACAACGCUGAGCACAUCAGCAAGACUGAGCAAGAAUUUUCAAAUUUCCUUGACGGAAUUGAUAGCUUUGUACCUUCUGAAGCAGCACUAGUCGGUGGUAAUGGGCAUGAGAAUGGGGUUGAUGAAGCUUUUGAAUACGCUUGGUCAAGAUCGCGUGCUGCCGGUGAUGCUGCAAUUGGAACAUACCCACACUCGUCGGUACAAGCGCAAGAGACUCGAGAUGGGGAAGCCGUUCUUGCAAUACUGGCAGAUCGGAGUUCGCUGGAUGAUCAAUAUGAAUUGCCACCUGAGGAAGAAGACCUGACCAAAGAUUGGAAACUAUCUGCUGAUCAAUUAGCUCAACUGGCAUCAUUUCCCCGAGACCUUUUCCCACCAUUCGAUCUCCACGGCAGAAUUUCUCCCGAGAAUCCUCUUAACCUGACUGUGGGACAGGAAAGUCAGUUACUGAACGGUUUUGCUACUGAACAAGAAGAGACUCUGUCAAGAGAACAUUGGCGAGAUCAGUGGGACAGCGUUUUGAGUCGUUAUUCUGACGAAGUAUGGGGAGGACUUUUACCACUAGCCCAAAAGGCUAGGAAAGAGGUAGAAGAGAUGCAAAAGAACCCAUCUGCUAUUGAGCAAACACCAAAAGCACUGCGUCGGCUUGCAGCCAUUCUGGGGCAUCUACAACAACGAUAA